AUGGAACCGGAAGAAACAGCCGUCACCGCAGUUGACGGAAGCGGCGACGAGGGACUGCUUAGUUUAGAGGGCGGGGACGGCGGUGGCGGCAGGGACAGGGUGAAGGGUCCUUGGUCGCCUGAAGAGGACGCCAUUCUGAGUCGCCUGGUGAGCAGGUUCGGCGCCAGAAACUGGAGCCUCAUCGCGCGCGGGAUCAGCGGAAGAUCCGGCAAGUCGUGCCGGCUCCGGUGGUGCAAUCAGCUCGACCCUUCCGUUAAGCGCAAACCAUUCACCGAUGAGGAGGACCGCAUUAUAGUAGCUGCUCAUGCAAUCCAUGGGAACAAAUGGGCAGCUAUUGCCAGGCUUCUACCCGGAAGAACAGAUAAUGCCAUUAAGAACCACUGGAAUUCCACUUUGAGGCGUCGGGGAGUUGAACUUGAUAAAAUUAAAUUAGAAUCUGGCAACUUCAUGGAAGAUGUUAACUUGGAGAAAGCAAAAGCAUCCUCGGAAGAGACACUAUCAUGUGGGGAUGUCUCUUUGAAAUCCUCAGAAGCGAGAGAUGUAAGAGAUGUCAGUUCUGUGGAGAUCGUGGGUGAUAAAUCUGAUGACAAAGCACAAGCUGAGUGUCAAUUACACCACGAAGUCAACGGUCCACCUACACUUUUCCGACCAGUAGCGCGCGUCAGUGCUUUCAGUGUAUAUCACUCAUAUGAUGGUAUACAGCCUUCAACAUCAACUCAAAGACCUGUUCCGCUGCAAGGACCCAUUUUACAAUCAUCAAAAUCUGAUAUCGAAUUUUGUAAAAUGCUUGAGGGAAUUUGUGGUGACCAAUCAGUGCCUCUCCAGUGUGGCCAUGGUUGCUGUGCUGCUCCAAAUGCGAGAAAGUCCGAAGGCUCUUUGUUGGGACCAGAAUUCACUGAAUUUUCUGAACCCGCAUCUUUUCCAAGUUUUGCGUUGGCUGCAAUUGCUACAGACAUUAGUAACCUUGCUUGGCUUAAAAGUGGAUUGGAGAGUAGUAGUGUCAAAAUGAUGGGAAACACCUCUGGAAGUGUAAUAUCUAAUGGAUCUCAAGUACAUAUUGGCCAUUAG